AUAUAUGUAAUUGCAAAUGUCCAAAAAGGAGAUUAGUGUUUGUGAAAAAGGGGAUUGGGGGUGAAUAUUCCCAAGAAAAAGGCAAGGAAAAGCAUUCACUGGAAACUACAUUGUGGCAAGUCAGAUUGUUGGUCAAUCUUAAUUUAGCAUAGGUUACACUGAUGGCCAGUCUCCAGACUUCAUCUCAGGACUUUGAGAUCCUAGGGAGGCUUUGAACACAAAGUAUAUGGUAUACCACUGAGCUAAGCUUUUCCUGUAAUAUUUUCUAUCACAAAUAUCCCAAUCAUAUUGUGGGAAGAAAUUAAGAUCUCUCCUUGGCCACCAUGUUGUCUCCCUCCAGAACACUGUCUUCCUGCCAUUGCUUCCCCUCCUUGAGAAAGAUGCAGUCUAAUUGCUUGGUUGGCUUCCUCUUUAUCUUCCCAAACACAUGGACUAAAUGCAUCAAGGCCCAACAUUUUGCUGAUAAUGGCAGAUGAUCUUGGAUAUGGAGAUUUAGGAUGCUUUGGUAAUAAUACCAUCAGGACAUUCCUUGGUUUUUCUCACAGGACUCCUAAUAUUGAUCAGCUAGCAAAGGAAGGAGUGAAAUUUACUCAGCAUAUUGCUGCAGCUUCAAUGUGUACCCCAAGCAGAGCAGCUUUUCUGACUGGUAGAUACCCCAUCAGAUCAGGUAUGGUAUCUCAAAUUAAAACACGUGUUUUCAUUCGGACCGGUGCCUCAGGAGGCUUGCCUGCAAAUGAAACAACAUUUGCUAAAUUGCUUCAGCAGAAAGGCUAUGCCACUGGCAUUAUAGGAAAAUGGCACCAAGGUGUGAACUCUGAAUCCCGUAAUGAUCACUGCCACCAUCCUUUGAACCAUGGCUUUGAUUAUUUCUAUGGUACACCAUUGACUCUAUUAAAUGAAUGUCAGGCUGAUAAGGAUCCUGAGGUGGAUGUACAACUGCAAGCCACAUAUUGGUUUUACACACAAAUGGUUGCCCUCUUAGUAUUUACUCUUCUUCUGAUGAAGAUGGCUGCUUUGUUCCCUGUGAAAUGGAAAACAAUUGCCUUCAUAUCUUUGUGUGGCAUAUUAUUUUUUAUCUCCUGGUUUGCCAAUCAUGGAUUUUCAAGAUACUGGAACUGUAUGUUGAUGAGAGAUCACACAGUUAUUGAACAACCAAUAAACCUAGAAAACGCUGCCUCCAGAAUAGUGAAAGAAUCUGUCGCAUUUAUCGAACGAAACAAAGAAAGACCAUUCCUGCUCUUCGUUUCUUUCUUCCAUGUCCACACACCCUGCUUCACCACAAAGAUGUUUCGUGGAAAAAGCCAGCAUGGUUUAUAUGGAGACAAUGUAGAAGAAAUGGACUGGAUGGUGGGAAAAAUUCUUGCAGCUGUUGACAGAGUGGGAUUACGGAACAACACUUUUACUUAUUUUGCUUCUGAUCAUGGAGGAUCUUUGGAAUCUAAAGAAGGGAAUACCCAGAUUGGUGGUUGGAAUGGCAGACUUAAAGGUGGAAAAGGCAUGGGUGGCUGGGAAGGAGGAAUCCGUGUGCCCGGAAUAGUUAGAUGGCCAGGAAAGAUCGCUGCUAACACUGUUCUUGAUGAACCCACAAGCCUGAUGGAUAUUUACCCCACAGUGGCUCAUUUGGCUGGGGCAUCAGUGCCACAAGACAGGAUAAUUGAUGGAAAGAACCUCAUAGCUUUACUGCGGGAAGAGGUUCAACACUCAGAUCAUGAAUUCAUGUUUCACUAUUGUGGGUCGUAUUUACAUGCAGUGCGCUGGUACCAGAAAGAGAGUGGCGCUCUUUGGAAAGUCCAUUAUGUAACUCCAAACUUUGAACCACAGGGGGCUGGAGCCUGUUAUGGAACUAAAAUGUGCCAAUGUUUCGGUGCAGUAACCCAUCAUGACCCUCCCUUGCUUUUUGAUCUUUCACGUGAUCUUUCAGAGGCCAAUCCCUUGUCCCCAACUUCUGAACCACUGUUUAACAUGGUCAUAACUCAAAUUGCAAGAAUCGUGGCCAAACAUCGUAAUACUCUCACAGCUGUUCCCCAACAACUUGAUGUAUACAAUGUUGUUUGGAAGCCUUGGCUGCAGCCAUGUUGUGGGACAUUCCCCUUUUGCUGGUGUAAUGAUGAAAGUGGUAAUGACACCAUCAUUAUUUAAAUAGAUUUUAAGAGAAUUAUUUUGAAAUAAAGUUGUCUUAAAUGUAUCCUUCAUAUAGUCGGUGAAGAAUAGGGUACUUACCCUUAUACAUUCAUACCUUUAAUGAGUGAAAUAGAAUGGUGAGUUACAAGCUUAUUUGGUGUUUCACUUUUUAAACAAUGCAGUAGUUAAUUACAUUAAAUUAUUUGCCUAUCCUUUUUCAGAUGAAACAGCUGCUUUCCUUGAGAUAUUCCAAACCGUAACAUUGCUUCUUCCUUUUUUCCUCAAUGGAUCCUCCCCUUAUCAAUGUAGUUUUUACUUUCCAAACACAUGCUUGUAGAAGUAUUUCCAGAGCCAAAUAUUUCCAAGCAGCUUAAAUUUUAGAGAUCAACUGCAAGGAAGAGGAGGAGGAAAGGAGAUGGAAACAUCUCAUCUAAGGCAAAUGUUUGCUUUCUUUAAAAUUUUCCCUUCAGAUCACUUUAAGAAUAUAGUCCACAGGGGUACAUAAUCUGACCCUUAUGUAUUAACAGUGGGACAGCAGACACCUCUUUAGCAUCACUCUGGCUUCUUGCCCUAUCUCUUUAGGUAAAGGUAAAGGUUUCCCUUGACUUUAAGUCCAGUCGUGUCCGACUCUAGGAGGCGGUACUCAUCUCCGUUUCAAAGCCGAAGAGCCGGCGUUUGUCCAUCGACACUUCCGUGGUCAUGUGGCCAGCAUGACUACACGGAACACUGUUAUCUGCCCACCGAAGCGGUACCUAUUUAUCUACUCACAUUUGCAUGUUUUCGAACUGCUAGGUUGGCAGGAGCUGGGACUAGCAAUGGGACCUCACCCCGACACGCGGAUUCAAACCGACCUUCCGAUCGGCAAGCUCAGCGGUUUAACCCGCAGCGCCACGCCCCUUAUCUAUCUCUUUACAUUAUUUUAAUUACGAGAAAUAAAUAUACAGCGGGCAUGCUGCAAAACCAGGUGCCACCCUCCAGCAUAAUUUCUAUUUGAAAGAAACACUUGACUCCUGUACUGUAACAGAAGGAAGGUCAUACCAUUAAAAUAGUGCCACUACCAUAGAUUUGAUAAACCUCUUUAUCAGCAGGAUCUACUGGAUAUUCAGAUGCUAUUCAUAGUAUGAUAUUCACUGCUUUCUAAUUAUUCAUGAGUAUAAUUUCUUUACUUUUAUAAAGUUCUUAAAUCAAUAUGAUGAAAAUAGGGCCAUGCAAAUUUCAAGAAUAUAACAUGUUUAUUUGAUAAUCUACUGUAUACAAAAAUGAAGAAAAAAACUGGAGAUUAUAAAGUAGAAUUUACAUCUUUUACUAAAUAUUUACAAAAUCAGAAAGUAUCAAACCAAAGUUACGAAGAAAUACAUGUGAGUGGAAAAAUAUAAAAUAUGUAAUACUGACACCUCCUUGCAUGCAAAACUAAACUUCCUCAAGAAACUAUUAAAGGAAUCUCUGCUUUAGGACUGCAGCCUAAAACAAGGAAGAAAUAAUCACAGUAAAACUUAAGAGAGGGUGCAACAUAUAUAUUUCAAAUGUUAUAAUAGAUAAAAGUUGUAUAUUAGUUUGGGUAAUCAUCUAAAUGGAUACAUAAGAGUUUCAGUGGUUCAGUUAUGCAUAAAACUUUGAAACAAUUAUCCUAAGAUUCAAUGUUAAAAUUUAAGAAUGAUAUACUCUUACGUAAAAUGAAGGCUAUCAAGUUAUAAUUUCACAAUGGAUUAACCACUUGACAAUAAAAAAAAAUUCACAUUAUCAACCAAAGAAGCCAGUGCGCAAUGAGGAAAAAGUGGCCUAAUUAAUCCAGUAUGACCAAGUUUCUAUUACAAACACUGUUAUAAUGCCUUAACAUUGUACCGAUGGUGAGCUACCUGUCAUUAAUCAGAUAAUGCAUUCCUUGGCCUUCCUGCAUCUGAUGAAAAUGGGCCCCAGUUCACAAAGGCUUAUAGUACAAUGACACAUGACCUAAGAUGUUACAAGCUGCUCUAAGGUUUGGGUGUAACAAAUUAAUAUGGCUAGCCCUCUUCCAAAAGUAUUGACAGUACAAUUCCCAGAAUUCCUAGCCAGCAUAGACUUCAGUUACAUUACAGUAUAAUUUACACUAAAUAAAAAAAGAGGGCUGGGUGAAAAUGUAGGAAAUGUACAGAGUCUUCCUUACCAAUCCAUUGCUCUCCAUGAACAGAGUUUAGUAAAAGAAGAGGGGAGGCAAGGUUUACUGAACCUAUAAAAUCCUCCAAAUCCUGGAGACUAUAUUUGGAUCAUGCCCGUGUUUUUAUUCACCCUGCUGAAGUAUUUGAGUUUUUUACUUUCAAGUCUUUUAUACCCUCCUCCAUACAGAACUAAGUACGGAGUACUUACUUCAUCUAUGAGUAUAAAACCAUUCUUCAUAGUUUCAGAUUAAUUUUCCAGUUAUGAAGUUUAUAUGAUGCAAGGCUGUGGAGGCUAUUCCUAAGCUAAGUAAUGUUCUGGACCAGUUGAACCAGGUUUGACCUAGCAAAAGGAAGUUUUAAAAGCUCCAUGCAUUUCAUUCUUUGAGACUAAACACUGCCAAAUACAUAUACAACUAUGCUUGCAAGUACAGUCAUGUCAGAAAAUCUAUUUUUGUUUAAAUUUCCCUUUCACCAGAAUAUCUAAUCCUGAAGGUUUUGCAUGCACUGCAAAUGUAAACAGAUCAGUUGCAAUAAGGGUAAAAAAGAACACCUAUAAUAAAAAGGCAUCUAACUUCUUCCUAAUGUUUUCAAAAGCAUCCUUCCCCAGAUAAUCAAUAUGGCCUUCCUCCCAUUUUCUUCGUUCAUCUUCUGCACUUGACUCCUUUGGCUCUGGCUGAACAGCAACCUCUGCAACAGAGCUGGCAAACUCAUUCUAGAAGAACGAAGAAUGAAAGGCAUCUCAGAUAUUCAGUGUUACUGUUUUUAAUAAUAUUAAUAGCUACAGCCAGAAAGCUAGAUUCAAGAUUUGAAUAACGCAAGCAGUUGAAUUUGCAGGUCUCUGAGUAACUAAGUCAUUUGCGACACAGGACUACAGAAGCUAAGGUGACUCGAGCACAUCUAUGAGUACUGGAAUAGAAACAUGCACCAAUGCGCCAUCAUGUGAUAAACUUAAGCAAGCCAUUCUUCUGACUCUUAUUCAUCAAAUAUUCCUCUAUGUCUGUAGUGGAAUAGCAGAAUAAACAAAUAUUUGCUGUAAAGUCUUAUCAUAAUUUAUUUAUUUAUUUAAUUAAUUUACUAAAUCUAUGGUUGCCCAUCUUACGAAUAAGACUCUGCAGCUAACACAUUAAAAUAAUAAAGAAUAGUAUCAACAAAGGAUAAAAAAACCUACAAUGGUCAUCAAGGGUAAACCUAGACAAAACAGCCAACAAAAACUUCUCAAUGGGCCAUACAGCAGAUAUAUUUACUGUUACCUUAGCCUGCUGAGGAACAGGCUGAACAGGGAACUCAGUGAAGGACUUGCUUGGAUCAGCAAUAUCACCUUCAAGGCUGCACUCAGCUUUCUUUACAGCCUGAAUAAAAUAAAAAUGCAGGCUUUAAUUGCAUUUGUAAUUUAAUUGUAAUAAAAAACGUCUAUUACAGCCCAGCUGGAUCACGCUCCAUAUUCCUAAAUACUAUUAUGGUCUAAGCAUUUUACUUUAAUACUGCACUUGCAGACUCCAAGCAAUCAUAAAAGAUCAAAGGAAUACUGACAAUUAGUCUUUUUUGUUGAAAUAUUUUUGUAUGCCACUGAAUAAUGCACAAGAAUAUCCAUCAGACUGGUAUGCCACGUUCAACAGCAUGCACUUAAAAUCUUUUGUUGCAAAACUCUAUUGUUGGAAUCGCAGACAUGUUCAACUAAAAAAUAAUUCCUUUUAAAAAGGGCCUUCCAAACCCUAAACAUCUUGUAAUAUGGAACUCAAAAGCACCGAUACCAUGACUGUAGAGUUAAUUUCACUGGAAAGCUGUAUCAAAGUCCAAGGGGGAGAUGGAAGUUGUUUCCAAGUAAAAUAUGCAUACCUCCCAUUGCUAUUAAGUAAACAAAGAAUGCUUUUGUAGUAGAAAGCCACUAUUUUUUUACAGGCAUUUUACUGGAAGUCAUUUCCAACUGCAAACCUAAUUCAGUGAGAUGGUUUGAAAAGGAAACAUCUGUUUUUUAAGAAAAGUUAAACAUAUAAAUUAAACUAUGUAUAUGUAAGCUGAAGAUAUACUGAUACUUGAAAUCUGUGAAAAUGACAUCUUUACAAACAUAUGGAAGCAUCUUCCAAAUGUUUACAACUAUUUAAAGUAACAAUAAUAAAGAAGACAUACUCACAAUAUUAUUUUUGGCAGAUAACUCACAGGGUGAAUUUACACCAGAUUCUGAAAUAUAUUCUGCAUUUUCUGAGGCUGGCAAAGAAUUGUUAAUAAGAGGAUUUUCUCUUUCAGGUGUCUGCUCAUCAUUGUUCAUGUCAGGCUAUAAUACAAAUUGUUAUAAAGAUGAAGUUCUUCAAAAGAGAAAAUGUCUUAGCUUGUACUAUAUGUAUUAAAAUAUUUAACCUCUAGACGUUA